AUGGCGGAAUCUUCCAUAAACAACCAAUCAUCCUUAGGCAGUGACAACCUCCAAUGCAAACAAGAUGACAGUUACAAGUAUCAUGUGUACUCUGCGGUCUACCUUGUUGUGUUUUUCUUUGGGCUGCUUUUUAAUGGAAUAGCAUUGUACAUCUUUUGUAAGAUCAACAAAAAUAGAGGAGCAUCUACAAUUUGCUUGAUGAACCUUGCAUGUGCUGAUCUGUUCUUCGUAAUAUUUCUGCCAUUGAGAAUAUCUUACUUUCAGAAGGAUGCCACCUGGAUCUUUGGGGAUGUCAUGUGUCGGAUAACCACAUACUCUUUUUAUGUCAGUAUGUACUCCAGCAUCAUCUUCCUCGCUGUUCUAAGUUUCUUCCGAUACUUCUCAUUCAAGGCUCAUACAGUUGUUAGAACACAGACAGUUGUUAACAUUUGUAUAGCUGUUUGGGUCUUUGCAGGUGUGAGCACGUCACCUUUUUUAUUAUCAGGUACCCACAUCCGUGAAAAUGUGACAAGGUGCUUUGAACCUUCAAGUGUGUCAUCGUGGACUAGAAUUAUGUAUAUGAACUAUUAUGCUUUGAUUGCUGGCUUCACAGUUCCUUUCUUGAUCAUUGUUGUAUGUAAUGGACUGCUUAUUAGACACAUAUUAAAAAUACCAAUGGAGAAAAAACAUAUUCACAAACAAGUUGCUAAGAUUACAUUGGUUUUAUUAGUUUGUAGUGUUUGUUUUUUGCCCUACCACAUUCAGAGAACAGUGCAUUUACAUUACAUGGUUCAUCACCCAGAUAUCUGCAGCCUACAUUACACUCUGCAGCGCACAGUUGUGGCAACACUCUGUUUAGCUGUAUUCAAUAUUUGCCUUGAUCCUUUGCUGUAUGUAUUCAUAGGACAUGGUUUCAAAUCGUGGCUUUUGCUGUUAUGUCGAUCAAAUGGUACUUUGCAUGUUAAGCCAUCAUCAUCUGAAUCUGAUGUGGUGAGGGAGGUUUUAGUAGAUGGAAUACAAAUGGAAGAAAGUAUAAAGGUGCAGCAGUGAAGGAUUUGCUGGAUUUCAUUUGUAAAGUGCAAACAUUAGUAAAAUUUUAAAAACGCAAGUACAUUUGCAGGACCUUCUUUUUUAAGUGUAAAUAUUUCAAUUUUAUGAGACCUGUUAUACCCUAUAAUCUUCAAUCAGUGACCUUUUCUAACGUGUCAAUGAGCUCUUUUGAUUUGUUUUAUGUUUACAGCCAAGGACAAAAAAUUCUUAGCAAGACUAGGUUUCAUUACGUCACAAUUAAGAGUGUUAGUGAAGUAUAACUGUUAUUCAGUUACAAUGAAACUAGCGUUUUUGUGCAAUUAUUGUAUUGUGUAACGAAGGGUACGUGUAAGGUAUAGGGAAUAGCUACUACAAGUCAUUUUCUCUAGCCAUUAUCUUUUAUUCUUCCCUCUCUACUAAAUAAAUAAUGGCGGUGUUAAGGUUUCCCAGUCUAUAACCACAACAUUUUCCUGCCUAAUUAACCAAAAAAGUAAUGGAAAAAUAAACAUUGAUAUGUUUUCUUAAGAUGAUGUUGUACUGUUUAACAAUGAAACAUUUCUUA